GGAUGCAAAACUGGGAUGGCGCUGGGGAGAAAACAUCGUUUCCAACUCGGCCUGGGGGACAAACAGAUGCCUGGGCCUCCUAGCAGGAGGAAACACUAACAACCCAUCCCCUCGCUGUGUGGCUGCCUUUGCAGGGGCUGAGGCGAUGCCGGGAUGGUCUAGGCAGCCAAGGUGCACCAGGCAAGUGAUGGCAGGAGGGACUGUUCUGUGGUUUCCCUAGGGGUCUGGGCCAGACGGUUCCAUCUCUUUGCCAGGGCAGUAGGAUGAGAGGCCUGGUGCUGCUAUGGCUGUGCAUUUCACGCUCCCCGACAGCUGGCAGCCAGCUUUCGCCGGGGUUGGUAUAACAGACAUGAACACGCAGAGGAAGCCACAGUCGCAGUACUCAAUCAGCACCAUCAUUCCCCACGAAGACUUCAACACAAUCACGCUGGACAAGAACAUUGCCCUGCUGAAGACGGCCACCCCCGUAAAGUUCAGUGAUGCUGUUCAGCCCAUCUGCUUCCCCAGCAGGAACCUCACCGCAGACACCCUGGAGAACUGCUGGGUGUCAGGGUGGCUUCACCCCACUGCAGGAAGACACGUGGCAGCAAGCUUUCUACGGAAGCUCUCAGUAGUGGAUGUGGAUCCCUGCCCCUUGAAGAGAAUCGUUACAACCGAGUGCAGCAGCCACCAGGACUCCGAUAACGUGACUGGAUGUUUGGGGGACCCAGGGAACCCAGUCAUGUGCCAGGCUAAGGGAACUGGAGACUGGGUUCUGAAUGGAGUGCUGAGCCAGGGCGGCAUGAGAUGCUACGGACCAUUUCUCUACACCAAAGUGGCCUAUUACAGCGACUGGAUUUCAGCCACAACAGCUGACGCAGGAGUCCCCGUAUAUCCCACUUUUGCCAGAGGGCGCUCUGCUUUUCAAGCUCCGACUGAGGAUUUGGAAGGGUCAUUUGAGUCAACAGAGAAGGUGUUUCAACCCUCACUCAUCGCAGAAGCUGGGUCUGACCGUGACCAAGCCAAGCAGCGACCGAAGGACAUCAAGCCCGCCCAGGAAGGGCUAGCAAGGGCUUACAGCAAGUAUGACCCAGUGUACUAUGACUACUACAGUGGGGAAACGCUCCCCAUUUCUCAGGGGUGCGUCCAUCUGCCGCUGAGCCUCAUGGAAAUGAGCUCUGUUUUCCUUCUGCUGGGGCUCCUGUUUUACUAGAUGAGACACUGUAA